GAUCAAAACUUCAUGAUUUAAUGACGUCAUGUAAAUGACGUCAAAUUAAUUUGUAUGACGUCAUACAAACAAAAUGGCGUCAAGUGACAUACCAGAAACAAUGAAACUACUAAUGCUGAUUCUAUAUUUGUGCGAUCAAACGACGAGUAACAACCUAUCAACGUCCAAGUCUUCCUCAGCAACCUCUCCCAGUGCCGACCAGACUUUACACCAGAAACUUCUCUCUCGUCGACGAGGUCUGAUUCCCAAUUCUCGCAGACGCGGUGAUACCUUUUCACAACUUUAUCAAAAGGCACAGUCUAAAAUUCUUUGGAAACAGCUUUUACUGAAACGUAAAUUAUACGCAGCUGCACAAGGUCGGUCAAAAGCAACAAAUCUUUCAAGUCACAUGAAUAAAAAUUCUACUCAACAAUUUCAUGACAUCGGCAGUACAAAUAAGAGCUUAUUGAUACAAAAUGCUGAGCAAGAAUCAAGUCUUAGGCGCCAUAAACGAUGGGAUUAUGAAGAGAACUACGAUUGGGAAAACGGAGGGAAAGAUUACGUUAUUCCGGGUGAAGAGAAAAAGGAGACGAAGUUCGAAAAGUUUGCAAAAAGCUGGCAAAAGCAUGCCAUCAAAGUGAUAUUCCUGUUUUCUUUCGUCUGCAUGUUGUUGUGUUGUUGUUUGGCAAUAUGCAAGAAAUUUUGCGAUAAAGUAUGCGAGACGGUAUGCUGGCACCUUAGGGACUAUCGUGAUAUAUGUUUAAACAGAGAUCCACGUUUUCGUAGUGUACGGAAGAUGGCAGACGAGUAUGGGAUAGAGUUAGAUUAUGACCAGUAUACCAAAAUCAAGAAAGGUUACGAGGAGGGAUUCCGUAGUGCUGGUUAUGAGGAACAUAAAGACCUGUCUGGUAGAUGAGAAAUAGGAGAACAUGGAGCAAAAGAAUGGCUGAUUAACCGGAUAUAACUGUAUCAAUAUAAAAGAGUAACUUUACAGCCAAACCUGUGUAAAAGAGAACAUUAUUUCUGAUAAAAAUUACUACAUGAUAAGCCAGUUAUAUAACUGACGUAAUCUUUCCAGUGUAUGGACUGUUUUUACGGAUAUAACUGUAUUUAUAUAGAUGAGUUUCUUUACAGUUAAACCUGUGUGUCAAGGAUGCUCUCUGAAUAAACACCUUUAUAUAUUGAACCU